UGAAAACCCGGUACUUCUUUCAGAGGCAAUAUGCGACUCACCAACCGUACAUAAGCAAGAGUUUUAUCGUCUUUUAAUCCUUCAGAUACUGUUACAACAGUUAUUGUUACAACAGUACCUUCUGUGUAGUUUAUCCAGCUCCAGUCUAAGUUAUACGUUUCACACAAGGGGACUUUGAUCGUUGUCCGUUAUCCACCAGUGCAACAUUAGCUGGGAGGAAGGAAACACACACAAAUAAAACGAAUACCAUUAAUAGAAACCUUUCUAUAAUUUGUCAUUUUGACUGUGUUCCUUUUACCUGCGGCGACAUGGCUACAAAUCCACCAGGACAAGCUUUCCCAAACAAGGCACGGGUGGCGAUCCUGGCAGAGCUGGAGAAAGAGAGGAGAAGGCUGUUGAACACUCCUGGAGCCAGCAUCUCGCUGUCCAGACCAAACCUGAAAGAGUUCAGAGACAACGCAGAACAGCAGCACAUCGCUGCCCAGCAGAAAGCUGCCCUGCAGCAUGCACACACACACUCAUCGGGCUUCUUCAUCACUCAGGACUCCUCGUUUGGGAACCUCAUCCUCCCAGUCAUUCCACGCCUGGAACCCGAGUCUUGACCUUUUUACCGCUCGUCCUCUUCCUCCUGCUGCCUGUGGGACAGGGCUUUCAAACAACACACACUCAUGUCAGACCCACUUCUCUCCCAGUUCCUCUCUUUUAAGUCUUUGAUAAAUGGACAGUUGUUGUGUAAACAAUCUCAGGGGAGUGUGAAUCUGUCAUUUUUACAUUUUCCAGACCAACAGGCUGGCUGCUGAUUUUAGGAAAGCUUUUCAAAACAGUCGGAAGAAGGUUCCAGAUAGCUGUGAAACAUCCUGUGAAGUCGUGCAGGGGCUAAAAACUAACUCUACAGAAAUACUGUCAUUGCCUUUCACCGCAUUAAUGCACAUUUUGUCAGGGUUUUACAUUCAAGGUUUGUAUUGAUAUUUGGAUAAUAAAAGUGUACAUUCAAUAUA